AUGUUGCGCCGGCCGAUUGCGGUAGUAGCCCAAGGUAGUGGCGGAAGUAGUCGAUGGGACAAGGAAGCGUCCGAGUUCUGGAAGCAAAUGCCGUCCAAAGAGAAGCCGGCCACGUCCCGCGGUGGCCGAGCAUACGUGGCAGCCGGAGUGACGUUGCUGGCGGGGAUCGGAUGGUGGUGCGUCGGGACCUUCGGGGCGACGCCCGCAUUGUCCACGGAGGACAACGUCCGAGCGAACUGUACUACGUUGGCGGUGCAAUCCAAGUGGCAUCAAGACAUGUGCCAGAAAGUCUGCCCCAACAACGAGUUCAACGAAGCUUGCAUGAGUGGGUGCUACUUCGGUACGCUGACCAUCACCAAAGGCGUGUGCGCAAAUCGAACCCUCGACGCUCCGCUGUGGACGUCGUGCGAGUUUCAAGUGGAUUGCGCCGGGGCGUGCGUGGAAUACGCGUCGGUGCGGCCGAUUCCGGCCAAGCGGAACGCAUGCGAAGGGGGAUGCAACUCAGUUGUGCCAUCAGCAUGCAAACGAGCGGUGGACAUCUUCGAUCGGGCUGUCAAGGGCAACAAGUGA